AUCGUCUAACACCCAAACUCCCUAUUUAAUGCUUUUGGAAAGAAGACACUGUAAACGUCUAGAAAUUUUCCAUCUAAGCAAUGGGAGUCAUGUUAUUCCUGCUAUUUAUUCCGGUAUAUAGUAGUAUUAUCGACUUUAUCUAUAACUUAAAACAAGCAAGUAAUACUCGUUCCUAGUAGCGAGCCCCCACCCCGGAUAUAGGCGUAAGAAGUUAUUGGAACUCCAUCUAACCGAUUCCCUGUCAGAGGUCAAUGAGGAUUGUGUGACUCGGACGAAUUUCUCAUCGGAAUAUAGACCAAUAAAUUUGUCAAAUCCCGACAUCGUACCCACAAAAGACCAAGCGGGUUCUGAAAGCAUCUUUGAAACCAUUAAGAGAUCUCCAAGCUCCCCACCGCGCUCUAGACAAUGUCUCGCUUACCUACUCUGGACCACAUCGUCAUUCUUGUAUCUCAUGACACCCUCAUAGGCCUAUCCGACCAUAUCCAACAUCUAUUCAUCAUAGCGCCUGGCGGGAACCAUGCUGAUGGACUCACCUCUAAUAAGCUGGUCCUUUUCCAGGAUGGGGUUUACCUAGAAUUCAUCGCUUUUUUCGACGACAUUGACCCCAAUCGACGGAGCAAGCAUCGCUGGGGAAACCUCAAAGAAAACACUAUUAUCGACUGGGCUUUCACACACCCUCCAAAUGACGAUUUCGGCGCUAUCAAGCAGCGAGUCCAGGAUACAAACACAACCCUCUCAUACGAGGAGCCCGUCGCCGGGGGCCGAAAGAAAAACGACGGGACAAUCUUAGAGUGGACACUCAGCGUGCCAAUAGACGCAGAUGCCCCCACCAACGCCCUUUCACCCGGGCGUCUACCAUUUUGGUGCCUUGACAAAACGCCUCGCGAACUGCGCGUUCCAUAUGCCGCGGAGCCUCAUCUGACUCAACACCCAUCCGGUGUGUCGGGUAUCUCUUCGUUGUCAUUGUCUGUCCCUGGGCGAGAGAGUGCAGAACUGGCAGAAGUGUACAGGGCUAUAUACGGGAGUCGUGAUCCGGCAGAUCUAGAUAAUCGAGUUUGGCCUUAUGAGGUCCCUUCAGGGUUGAUGGCUGGUAGACACAUUAUUAGGCUGCUGGAAAAUGCAGAGGAGACGACUAUUACGCUAGCUUUGAGUGGGCCCAGUCCUGGACGAAUUGAGCUUUUGCCAGGGCUUGCUAUUGAUAUUGAGUAAAGGAUGGUUAUGAUAUGAUGGUUGUGUAUGUAAAGAUCUAGCACCCUAAUGUCACCGUACAUUGUGGCUUUUUUUUUUUUUUGGAGGGGGGACAACGCUCCUCUUCGUGGCAAUCUACAAAUGAGAGUAACUUCCUUAUGCUCACAAUCUAGGCUCUAUAAGUAACAGACAAAUUACCCCACCAACUAACAACGGCCAUGCACCACCAUCUAAAAGAUCAAGAAAACGCAAUCAUUCCAAACCCAAUUAUAUCUCAAUCUCAAAUCUUGGUUCCUCAUAUCUAUUGUGUCCUUCAUUAGCUGCGAAACCGAACCCCGAGGCACCACUGCGAACAAGACUUACAAGGACUACUGCAA